AUGGUCACUAGGUCGGAGCAGGUCCAACGGGCCUCACCUGCGGCCUUGACACUUGUCCAGAACAACGUGCCGGUUCGCAUUAUAGAGAAGGAACUCCACCACCGACGCGGCCAGCGUGGUCCUGGCAUCCAGCCCCGCACAUUUGAAGUCUUCCACUUUCUGCAUGUCCCCGAGAUCCAUGAACGUGCAACGUUUCUUCCUCUACUUCAGGAACACAACAGGGGUUCACUCGAAGCCCGCAAAACGUUUGCUAUGUCACCCUACACAGAGCCCACGCCCUCGAUUCCAUAUUAUAAUCCCAAACUCAUGGGCCAGCAUACACUUGAGGAAAUCUUGCGUGAGCACCUCGCCAAGCUUGGCUGCACCAUCGAAUUAGGCACUCGACUGGUCUCGUUCACGCAAGAUGACAAGUUCGUCACGGCCAAGGUUGUCAAGCAUCGCGCCGAUGAUGAUAAGGAGAUUGAGGAGGAGUUGGAAGUGGCAUAUUUGAUUGGUGCCGAUGGCGCGAGAGGUGUGACAAGAAAGCAACUCGAACUUGCGUUUGUCGGCUCCACAUGGGAAGACACCUACAUUGUGCUGGGCGAUACUCGUUUAGAAGUUAAAGGACUCGAUCGCGAGUACUGGCACCAUUUUGGCACGAUGUCGCAAGACAUGAUCUCGCUCCGCCCAACUGAUGAACUUGGCAAGGACGGAUACCAGUUCCUGAUCACUAGUCGUGUACGCGACCUGAAAGGCCUCGUCCUGGACGAAGAGGCUCUAUUGAACUGUAUCAAGGAUUUCAUCGGCCUUGAUGAUGAUGUCAAUCAGCUGUUGAUGUAUUUGGCUACUAGACCCAACAUGAGGAUGGUGAACAAGUUUGGUGUGGGGAGGGCUUUCAUUGCUGGAGACGCAUUCGGCCUUGCUUGGAAACUUGCAUUAGUCUACAAGGGCUUAUCUCCAGCUUCCCUCCUCGAUACUUAUACCACCGAACGACUCCCUGUCAUCACUGAAAUGCUCGGCCUCACCACUGAGAUCGCCAAACGCACAUUCGGCGAGUCAAAGGACGCAAACGCCCAUACAUCAACUAGCGAUAGCGACGACACAAAGAAAGUGGAGUUGAACCUGGAACGUGCUAAACAUCGUGGCAAGAAUAUGUAUAUGCUCGGCGUGAAUUAUCGCACGAGCCCGAUUGUAGUCGACGAGUUUGCGCCCGCGUCGACCCCCGGAGUCGCAGUCGUACACAGUGCAUAUGGGAGCAUCCAAGAGGGGGUUUUGCGAGCUGGUGAUCGUGCACCCGAUGCGCCAGGACUCUUACAGGUCCUGCAGAUAGGAGGAUCUGGGAACGCUCGUCUUUUUGAUAUCUUCACACCAAUGUAUCAUACCGUUCUCAUAUUCGCACCUUCUUUGGCCGUCCCCAUCGUAUCGUCCGUCCUUGCGACUCUAACGCAGGCCGUGCCCAGGAACGGGAUAGUGAGACCCCUGCUCGUGAUUCCUGGCCAUCCCUCUGUUUUAGAAGGGGGAGUCGAGACGUCUUCCUUACAAGAUCAGGCUAGCGGUGUGGAAGUAUUCGUCGACCAAGCAGGCCAUGCGUACCGAGGGUACGUCGUCGAGAAAGACGAGACUAAGGUCGUUGCCGUACGCCCAGACGGGGUGGUUGGUGCGAUUGUGCAUGGCGCGGAGGGGUUGGGACGAUACUUGGAGGGCAUGUUUGUGGAGAAGUUGAAGGGUGUGAGUGCUGAGGUGGAGGUGAUGUAA